CAGUCCAGAGUUCAGCAGCACAGCGGAGUUUGGCUUUGACUUUUUUCUUCUUUUAAACCUCACAUCCAACUCGCGGUCACACAAACCCGACCUGCUCCUCUGAUCACUUAUAAGUCUCCAGUCCUCUCAGGAGCUUUUGAACGACUUGAUUUCGUCUCCCCUCAGUGGACUUUCUAUUUCAAACCAGUUUGGAUUAACGCAACUAUCACCCGGGAUCUGCACAGCUUUCUGCCGGACGCUGCGUGCACGCCAUGGCGCGUUUAAUGCUAUUUUGUGUGUUGUUCUCUUCAGUGCAGACGGCUCUGUCCUUUGGGGUUUUCGAGCUGAAGAUCGACUCCUUCACUACUUCCAGCGGCCUGUGUCGCCUUCAGUACCGGGAUUGCCAGAUAUUUUUCCGUGUGUGUCUCAAGCACUCGCAGGACGUCAUUAACCCGGAGCCGCCGUGCACGUACGGGACCGCGCUCACCGAGAUCUUAGGCGCCGACUCCAACUCCAACUCCAUCUCCGGCAGCGCGCCCGUCAGGGUGUCCAUGAACUUCAAGUGGCCGGGGACUUUUUCUCUGAUUAUUGAAGCCUGGAACGCUGCGUCUUCUGGUGUGGAGUCCACAGAGAACCCAAGCAACCUCAUCAGCCGCUUGGCCACCCGCCGCAAGCUGACUGUUGGGGAGCAAUGGUCCCAGGAUGUGCAUUUCGGCAACCAGAGUGAGCUGCACUACUCCUACCAUGUGGUGUGUGAUGAGUUCUACUAUGGUGAGGCCUGCUCAGAUUACUGCCGGCCCCGGAAUGACACCUUUGGCCACUACAGCUGUGAUACCUCAGGAAGCCGCCUCUGCCUGUCCGGCUGGAAGGGCAGUUACUGCACUGACCCCAUCUGUGCAUCAGGGUGCAGCGAGCAGCACGGCUUGUGUGAGUCACCAGGAGAGUGUGUGUGUCAUCAGGGCUGGCAGGGCGAGCGGUGCGAUGAGUGCGCUCGACACCCCGGCUGCGUCCAUGGGACCUGUCAGCUACCCUGGCAGUGCAACUGCAAUGAAGGGUGGGGAGGACUGUUCUGUAACCAAGACCUGAAUUACUGCACCAACCACAAGCCAUGCCAGAAUGAUGCCACAUGUACCAACACUGGCCAUGGAAGCUACACUUGUACCUGCAAACCUGGGUUCAGUGGCAAAGACUGUGAAACUGAGACAAACGAAUGUGACAGCAACCCUUGCAAGAAUGGUGGCAGCUGCAAUGAUUUGGAAAACAACUAUUCGUGUACGUGCCCCCAUGGCUUCUAUGGGAAGAACUGUGAGAUCAGUGCGAUGAUGUGCGCCGAUGGUCCGUGUUUUCACGACGGCACCUGUGUGGAGAGUCCUGCCGGAGGAUACAGCUGCCACUGCCGACCUGGCUACGUGGGAUCCAACUGCGAGAAGAGAAUUGACAAGUGUAGCAGCAACCCCUGUGCUAACGGUGGUCAGUGUUCUGAUCGCGGACACCAUGUGAAGUGUUUGUGUCGGGCAGGUUUCACUGGCCCUCGGUGUGAGCAAAACAUUGACAACUGUGCCAGUAACCCCUGCCACAAUGCUGGCACCUGCAUUGAUGGCAUCAAUGAUUUCACCUGUAGGUGCACACUUGGCUUCACCACGAAGGACUGUUCUAUGCGCACUGACCCUUGCCUCCAGUUCCCCUGUGACAACGGUGGAACCUGUUACACCCACUUUACUGGACCUGUGUGCCGCUGUCCUCCAAGCUUCAUGGGUGCACGUUGUGAAUACGCUGUACACACUACCAAGCAGCCCACAUUAACAACACUGAAUUUAAAGGAUGGCUUCCCUGCUGCAUUAGGCCUCUCAUUUGCCCUUGGUCUGAUGACACUUACUCUUCUGGUUUGUGCCAGUGUCUUCAUUUUCCGUCGGCUCCGUCGUCACAGGGUACUAAUGGCUACCUCCACAUCAGUGAAAAAUGACCUGGAAACAGUGAACAACCGCAAUGCAGUGAUUGGCGGAGGCAUACCCAAUACUGGGAGCUUAUCAGGAGUGCCAGUGGUUGGCUUGAGAGAGAAAGAGGCCUUUCUCAUUCCUGAAAGGCAAUUCAAAGUGUCCAAUAAGGGUGCAGCAUUGGUGGAGAAUGCCAACAUGGGCAUAUUUAAAAACAAAAUGGCAGAGUGUAACCUGACGAAGGAGGAGCAGGACCUGGCCAAGAACAAGUUUGACCUUAAAAAGUGUGACUCGUCCAUCAUAGUUCCUCCUCUCAGCUUUCAGAAGGACAGUUUGUUCCACCCAGUGUUCAUUAUUCCAGAGCAGGUGGAGCAGUGUGUGUUUGCUACAGAGGUAUGACCUCCUGUUUUCACACUGCUGAUGGAGAGGACUACUCUGUCCAGGGCAUUUUGUCCAGAGGAUGUGUUCUACACACAUUUUUUAAGUAUUUAUUUUUGCUGCUUAAUGAUGAAAACAAACAAGAACAACAAAAGAACGUUAUUUUCUGCUUUGAUACUGCCAAUGUUUUAAGGACAGCUUUUAAGGAAAAGAAAGAAGUGAAGGAGGAAAGACGAGAGGAAAAACAGAAUGUCUGGCAUCAUUUGCACUACUAUCUUUUUAUUUCUUUAUUAGUAGAAUUCAUAUCACAGUUUUACUUUUCUUUGAAUCAAACAUUAAAGAGCUGGAACUGCUACCAAUCUGAACAACUGGUGCCUUAGCAGAGUGCUCCCUAAUCGUUACUGUGUCUCUGUCCUGUGUGAAUUUUGUUUUUAAGCAUACUUUUUCUCAAAAAAAAAAAAAAAAAUCUAUGUGAAAGCUGAACUAGAUAUGAUUGUUUGAAUUUGAAAGUGAAUUUCUAUUGCAAGCGCUCACCCCAUUGAACGUAUUUUGAAUUUCUUUGGAAGUGAAGUGUAAAUUUGUGGCCUGGACGCCAUCACAUUAUAAUCGCCUCCAUAUCCUGGAAACGUUGAAGUGCCUUUUUAAAAAUCAGUGACUAACCAACAAUCACAAAGAGCACAAAUAAAAUUUCUUUUGACACACGAUGUAUUUAAAGACUGAAGUGUCAUAUACGUCUGAGAACAAUUUUCCAUUUUUUAUCUCAUGAAUCCUUGUUAACCCAAUUCCCCAGUCUCCAUUUGAAUGGCCAGAUUUUUAGUGUCAUGUUUUAAAAUUGAUUACAGUGUUAUUCCCAAUGCCAGGGUUAUUCCCACCUUGAGUCCAGUUUUUGUUCCUAUGAGCAGCCCCGUAUUUUAACUUGAUUAAAAUGAGGAUUCAGAAUAAUCAGGGCGAGUUUGUGUCUCUGACAGCAAUCAUAUGUUUUUGAUUAAUUUUAAUAUCAUGAGUAGAUAAUCUGUCUUACAUUUUUAUGAUGUGUAAGAGAGCUGGAGUGUUGCUGCAGACUGUACAGAGGACGUUUCAGGAAUCAGCUGAGCUGGAUUAAUCCUGCAGUUCAGUUUUCCUGUUUGUACCCUCCUGUGAUUGUGCAGGCUGUCAUUUCCACUGUUGUAUGUUUUACAGAUUUGUUUCAGAGUGACUCUUGUAAGGAAAAUAACAAAACUCACUGUCAUUUCUCUGUGUGUGUGUUUGUCAUCGCUACUGUCACAGUGAGAAAAUUGUGAAAGAAUUGCAACUGACAGUGUUGUUCAGCAGCAUUCCCAUGACUGUGAACAUGUCAGAGCUCUGGGAAUUUUGUUUAGUAUUUAAAAGGAAAGACAACAACAGUGAAGAACGAAAAGAUUUUAUUCCUUCUUUCUUUGUAAAACUAAUCCAUUUGAUACCAAAAAUAUGUUAUUGCUACAUAGUCACGCUGCUCCAGUAUAUCUGUUAAUUUAAGAAAACAAUGCAAUGUGUACAUAUCAUCUACAGGAGAUUGCUUUCCUAUUUAAUUUGACCUUUUUGUAAAUAAUUUUGUAUUUAUGAAAGAGAAUUGUGUAUAUGUCUAUGUUAACAUGUCUGAUGUCUGUCAGAAUGAAGAAAUAUAUUUUUUCAUAAUAAAUUGGAAAAA